UCAUAUAAAUUUGUUGACUUUCUUUCCUUUCUUUCAUUCCAAAAACCCAAACUCACAGACCAACAAGAAAGAUCGAAUUUCGGGUGUUAGAAAACUCAAUGGUUGUUUGCCAAGCUUCAAAGAUCGAUCUCCCAACUCCUCUCUCCUCACCUUCUUCUUCUAAAGCUCCAACAUCUCUCCUAUUUGAACCCCAUUCUUUUUCCCUUGCCCUUCUCCACUCUGAUUCUUCUCUUUCCCUUUUUCCUUCUAUUUCUUUGCCUUUCUCUUCCAACAAAAACUCCCUUACUAUUCCUUCUCCAUCAUCGUCCUCCACUUUCCUUCUCCAAAAAACCCAAAAAAAUCGUGAUCCCAGAGUCCUUUUCAUCGUUGCAGGUCCUUAUAAAGGUGGUUCCAAGGUUCUCCUUAGAUUUUUUCUUUAUAGGAAUGAUGGUAGAAAGGCUUUUGAGAAGGCUAAAGUUGUUGUUCCCAAGCAAAAGGGUAUUGAUUUUGAUGAUAAAGUUGGGGUUUUGAUUGAUGUCAGUCACGGUUUGAAACUCAUGAUUUCUGGGUCUGUUAAUUUCUUCGCAUUGUAUUCAGUCUCAAGCUCCAAAGUUUUGAUCUUUGGGGUUAAAUUGGUGGAUGAUAUUGAUGAAAUUGUUGACGGGGUCGCUUUUAAACUCAUGAAAUUUGCUGUGAUUGAUUGUUUGAAGCCUGUUUUUUCAAUCGGUAUUUCAUUUGAGUGGUUGGUUUUAGGGGAGGAAAACGGGGUUAAAGUUUGGAAUUUAAGAGAAUUGGUGAAAGGGAAAAAGGUCAAGAAAGUGAAGAAUUACGGUCUUUCAGAUGGUGUAAGUGGAGCUAACAAUGGUGUUUCCAAUUGUGGAUCUAGUUGUUCAGAUAUUGUUCCUAAUGGCUAUUUGGAUGGAAAGAUUGAAAAGCCUAUUGUUUCAGUGAAGCCGAGGUCUGGUAAAUGCAGACAAGAAUUGGCCGAAUUAGGAGUGUUGUUUGUGCCAUUUGAGCAGGAGGUUAAGGGCUUGAAAUCUAUGAAUGUGCCAUCUAUUUCCUUGAAGGCAAUUUCAAUUCAACCAUUGUCCUCGACGAGGUUCUUGGUCUUGGAUACUGCUGGAGAUUUGUUUAUCUUGCAUGUAACAGACACAGCUCUUGGAUCAAAUGCCACCUGCUACAUGAGGCGAUUGCCACAUGUUAUGAAGGUGCACAAAAUGGCUGUUUUUCCCGAUGUUUCCUCAAGAAGACAAACUGUUUGGAUAUCAGAUGGGCAUCACUCCAUGCACGUGGUGGACAUUAGCUCUGCUGUAAAUGAAACUGAUAAAAGAGAGAUUGUUCAAGCAAUUUUUACUAACGAAAAGAUCCAAGAUAUGAUACCUACGGCUGCAAACAGUAUUUUGAUCCUUGGACAAGGAAGCUUGUAUGCGUAUACGGUCUCCUGAAGUGGUUUGGCAACCAUAUCUUUUUGUGCGGUAAUUUCUGUUCCUGGUUGUGUUUUGGUGAUUAUAUACCCUCGAUUUGUUCCCAGACGCGUGUUUUUAGUGAGUACGUGUGAACUCUUUUUCAAACUGUUUAUUAAUCGGUUCUGAGAUUGCCAUUCCCUGAAUUUUAGUUGGCUAUCUUACAUCUGGAGAACAAAGGAGUCUAAAGUUACGAUCUGCAGUUGUCAUGUGUCUUAUUGUGCAUAAGACUUCGAGGACAUCUACCUCUUGAAGAAUCGACUCGGAUGCCGAGGGGGUCAAAUCUUGGUAACUACUGCAGACACCAUUUACAUCAGAACCUCAACUGAAGCUUUGGUCGUUGCAUCAGUCCAUUUCAUCUUUGCCGCCAUGCAAUUAAUUACACCUUGACAAGAUGAGGUGACAAAAAGAUGGCAGCUAGUGUCUACGAUCCUUUAUCAAACUCCAUUGCUGUGUUACUUUCUUUUAAAGGUUAGUCACUUGUGUCAACAUUUGAGGAUUGAAAUUUGAA